AUGUCAGACCUUUGGUCUUCUAUAGCCUAUGCCAUUGAUCCUAAGAGAACCCAAGCCAUGCCUGCCGUCUUACAAUCCACCAUCCACCUGUUGGAGAGUGAGUUGGUCAAGGCUCGUGCCGCCCUUCAAGAGAUUCAACCUAAUGCUUCACCAUUCGGCUUCCGAGGCGAUGAAGUUGCUGUAGGUGCCAUGACCGCCUACAGGCAAGAUCUGAUCGGCCGGGCCCCCGAUUUUUACGGGUCUCGUCGUUUGACUCGGAAGGAGUUGGGUCUAGAACCGGUCGUGCGCGAACUUCCUACCGAAAGGGUAGUAUCAAAGCCCCAACAUGCAUCCGUACCGAACCGAACAUCAUUGGAGGAUGUUUUGAGCAAUAGCUUGGUUCUGGACCAGAUAGCUCCGUAUCUGUCUGUGCCUUCCUUGAUGGCUUUGGGUUCAACCUCCCGUCGUCUACACACCGUCAUCACCCAAACUCCAUAUGUUUUUCGUCAUCUCGACCUGUCUCGAUGCCGAGGUACUGAGCUUACCCCAAUUUCACAACAAGAGAAUGAUACUCAAACAGAAGAUGAGGUUUAUGCCGCCCCAUUAAAGCACAUCUUCAAGAGCUUGGAGCGUAGACACAUCCUACAUGAUGUGCGCACUCUCAUCCUGGACGGGUUGUCAGUGCCGGCGGAUCUGGUGGCCGAUAUAAUCUUGACGGACCGCUUCAACGUGAACAUCUUAUCCAUUCGCGAGUGUCGCAAUCUGAACGAACGCAAGCUUAUGCAGGUCAUUCAGCAUUCUGUUCGACCUACUCGCCCCGCAGGCACACCGCGAGUGAAGGGCAUCUAUCAUUUUUCUCCCAUGCAUGAGGCUCCCCCAGUAGUGGCACGUCCCAAAUACCGAGAUUGGUGGUCGACCCGCGUGGGAACUUCCCGAAGUCCCAGCCAGACCCCGUCUGAGGGAGCAAUCUCGCCAGAGAAACAGCAAAAUGAGUGGUACAGACCAUCAGGGAAACUAUUCAAGCACAGUCUCGAAGAGGGUUGGGCCCAAGUACUCCAAAGAUGUGAGGGUAUCAUUGCCUUCGAUGCUACCUUGUGUCGUGGCCCGAGACACAACCCGGACCACUACACCUCGACCCACGAGGAGGAUACCCCAGCGGCACCACUGCUUGGACCCGCAGUUGCCACUGUAGCUCUCGGACCCCGCGGAUGCGAUGGGUGCCACAGUUCCCCCGAAGGCCCGGCUAUCUGGGGUCAAUCCCCGGAUGUUCAAUUCCCGAUGCUAAGCCCCCCACCAUUACAUUCAUCUAGCGUGGCCACGGCAAAACGGCCCGAGUUAAUUCCAGGCGAGCACCCAGUUCUCAUUGCUCGCUGUGCGGACUGCCUCACUAAUCGAUGGUGCCAUCGAUGCAAUAAGUGGUUCUGUGGGAAAUGUCUGCCCAACCCGCAGCAUGUCCGGGUGAGCUUGUCCCCACACCAGACGGCUCAUGCCAACGCCGCUGAAUUACAAGAACGUGAGAGAUUAGAACGAGGUGUAAGCAAGGAUUGCUGGGAAUGUGGCCCAACUCAGUGUGCUUCCUGUAAGAUGGACUGCCAACACACCUGUCAAGGGUGUCAGGGUGAUUAUUGCAUUCAACACAAUGAGGGAUGCUCGAAAACACUGUGUGAUUGGUGCAAUACCAGUUCUCGUGGUCGAAUGCGUGGUAACUUUUGA